GUACAUAGCUCUAAUUAAACAAAGAAACAGAAAGCUCAUCUUUACUAGUUUGGUUCUUACGUGAUUAUUUGUCUCUGGAUAUGACCAAGAGACUGAGUCAUUUUUUGUUCCUAGGUCUCUGACCUGGGUAGGCUGGUGGUGAGAAGUGACCAGGGACUUAAGGAAUUAACUUGCAUGGGUUUCACCUCUAGGUCAGGAGUCUCAACGUGAGUAACCUGUGGUAUAAUUUAGUGCCAGACCAGAGGGACCUGGAGAGACUCACGGUAGAACGUCAUGACAUGAAUACCCUAAGCCUGCCCCUGAACAUACGCCGAGGGGGAUCAGACACCAACCUCAACUUCGAUGUACCUGAUGGCAUCCUGGACUUCCACAAGGUCAAGCUCAGUGCGGACAGCCUGAAACAGAAAAUUCUGAAGGUAACAGAGCAGAUAAAAAUCGAGCAGACGUCCCGUGAUGGGAACGUGGCAGAGUACCUGAAACUGGUCAGCAGUGCGGACAAGCAGCAGGCUGGCCGCAUCAAACAAGUCUUUGAGAAGAAGAAUCAGAAGUCAGCUCACUCCAUCGCCCAGCUGCAGAAGAAGUUAGAUCAGUAUCACAGAAAGCUCAGGGAGCUCGAGCAGAACGGAGCCCCCAGGAGCUCAAAGGACGUCGCCAAGGACAACCUGAAGGACAUCCAGCACUCCCUGAAAGAUGCCCAGGCCAAGGCCCGCACCGCUCCCCAUGGCCUGGAGGGUGGUAAGUCGGGCAUGCCAGGGGUGUCCCUCACCCCGCCCGUGUUCGUCUUCAGCAAGUCCAGAGAGUUUGCCAACCUGAUCCGGAACAAGUUUGGCAGUGCCGACAACAUCGCUCACUUGAAAAAUUCCUUGGAGGAGUUUAGGCCAGAGGCGGGUGCCAGGGCCUACGGGGGCAGCGCCACCAUCAUGAACAAGCCCAAGUACGGCAGCGACGACGAGUGCUCGAGCGGCACGUCAGGCUCCGCCGACAGCAACGGGAACCAGUCGUUCGGGGCGGGCGGCGCGGGCGCGCUGGGCAGCCAGGGGAAGCUCAGCGCCAUCCUGGAGGAGCUGCGGGACAUCAAGGAGACCCAGGCGCAGCUGGCCGAGGACAUCGAGGCGCUGAAGGUGCAGUUCAAGAGGGAGUACGGCUUCAUCUCUCAGACCCUGCAGGAGGAGAGAUACAGGUACGAGCGACUGGAAGACCAGCUCCAUGACCUCACUGACCUGCAUCAGCAUGAGACUGCCAACCUGAAGCAAGAGCUGGCCAGCAUCGAGGAGAAGGUGGCCUACCAGGCCCAGGAGCGGUCGCGGGACAUCCAGGAAGCCUUGGAGUCCUGCCAGACUCGCAUUUCUAAGCUGGAGCUCCACCAGCAAGAGCAGCAGGCCCUGCAGACCGACACGGUGAACGCCAAGGUCCUCCUGGGGAAGUGCAUCAACGUGAUCCUGGCCUUCAUGACCGUCAUCUUGGUGUGCGUGUCCACCAUCGCCAAGUUCAUCUCGCCCAUGAUGAAGAGCCGCUUCCACAUUCUUGGCACCUUCUUUGCUGUGACUCUCCUUGCAAUAUUUUGUAAAAACUGGGACCAAAUUCUGUGCGCCAUAGAAAGGAUCAUAAUACCGAGAUGAGGCCGCUGGUUUCUGUCCUCACCUUCUUUCAAGUUUUUAUUUUAAAGAAACUGUGCAUACUACCAAAUUUUAAAACGAACAGUGGUGCCGGCGGAAGAUGACGAGGACCAGGGCUGUGCAUUGUAAAUAGCGACAGUUCUCUUACCCGGGUGGCCAUUGCCAGCUCGGUCCCUGUUGGUUAACAUGAAUCUCUUUCCAGGCUCUCCCCACGUUGCUCACUGCCUUAAUGAGACCAGAUUCCCUGCCCACCUGACCAGCCCAGCAUGGUCAACCUCUGGUUAUUGAGCACUUGGCAUAAUUAAUGACCCAGAAGAAAAAGGAUUUUAAAUCUCACUCUCUCGUAAACCUCUUUCAAAAUUGAGCAUCACUGUUGCUGGUGGUUGCAUCUUCCCCGAGAAAGCAGCGAGAAUGUGGCCUGACUUGGGGAAGGGAUGCUGCUCAGGCGUUGGCCAUGUGAACACUUGGAGCCAAUGCAAGUACAGUAAAUCCUGUGUAAUCCAUCCCUCUGUCCACUGAUGAUCGUAGGCCCCAUGUGUGCCCAGUAUCCACAGUGGUCAACUGUGUGUGACGCUCCAUGACAUAGAAAUCUUGUAACCCACCUGUUUGUCCAUCUGAAGUCUAGCUUAAGUGUUCGGUUGCUCUUUAAAUGAUAAGAUGCAAGGAUUUAUGAACGGACCUUUGCCACCUUCUGCCCGGGGAGCUGCUCACCUACUUGAUUUCCCCGUAAUUGGCUAUCAGAUGCCUCACCUUCAAGGCAUAUAGAAAUGCAUCCAAAUCCCUCUUCGUACUGUGGAUGUAACACUGAUUUAGAGUCCAGUAAGCACUACUCCAGAGGUCUGUGUUUCGGCAAAUCUUUAUUGUGUUAAACCCCCUCUGAGGACAUGACUCACUUCCUGUGACUCACCUUAUUCACAGGUCUGGGAGGGAGGACAGCGCUUACUCAGUGAAAACAAAUGAUGCUCAUGGUGCAGGGGGUUCUCCUCUUGCUGUCAAGAAGAACAACAGGAUCAUAGCUUAUAAAACUAAAGUGCCCUGAGGUCGGAACACUGCAAAAGGGGAAGAAAAUAGGACGUUAGCUUGAUCAGUGGGCGCAGUUUGCCUGGUUGAACCUUGAGCGGAUCAUCUUUGGAUCCUGAAAGACCAGUAGGAAUAGAGUAAAUUAGAUCCAGUGUCUGAGCCAAGGUUGCCCAUCUGUCUCUUAGGAUCUUGCUGAAAAUAAGUUGCAAGGUAGUGGAGUGACCACGCUUCCAUUGAGGUGAAAGCAUUCAGAAGUCAUUUUUGGCCUCUUUGAGGGAUGCUGUUCACUAUCUUGAGCCCAGAGAAUGUUUUCCAUUACAUCUGUUUCUCUGUACAACAAAAAGGAAGACCUGGAAGAUUUUAAUGAAAACUGUUGUUCAGUCCCUUCUCCCACCAACUGUUUUGUUAUGUGAAGACACAAAGAUGCAUGUUAGUGUACAUUUCCUUCCAGAAAACAUCAAAACACCUGGAUUUAAUUUAAGUGCAAUAUUUUGCAAACAGCUGCUCUUAGGGAAAUCUCCUGAAAAAAUGUGACAGUGUGCCGUCGUUUGAGGGGUUGAAAUAGUCGACGCUUGGUACAGGUCCAGUGUGGGUGAGGCUCAUAGAACUCAAGCUUGCUUUCUUUUUCUUUUUUCAAGUUUACAAUCCACUGAUUAAAACCAAUUCACACUUAUGCAACUAUCACCAGUAACUAAUUCCAGACUCAAGCUUUUUAAAACAAUAAACAUCAUUUCACAAAACCUUUGGCUAUAAAGUAUCUUGGAUUCAGGGAAGAGGGAGUUACAGUCCCACCCCGUCUCAUGGCUGUGUCCCCUUUUGCUGCCAGACUCUCCCCUGGUCUCCCAAGUUGGCUUUGAAUACGCUGUGGUCCAUCCAAUCCAGGGGAGAGAAGCAGGUCCAGAUCCAGGGAGGGGGGAUGCUGUGCCUUUCUGUGGUAGUGGCCAGCGUUCCCGGUUGUCUGUGGGCAUCAGUCUCUGCGUGGACUGAGGGCUGGGUCCUGAAUGGGCUCCUCUUGAUUUCUGUGAACCUUUCUGAGGCACUUCGGACGUGCCAGGGGUUAGGGUGGGUGUCGAUGCUGCUGUUAGUUUAGAGAGGAUGAGUGAGAUCCCUGGCCCUCGCGGUAAGGGCUCUGGGAGGAUCCAGGAAGGCUUGGUUCCUCCUCACACCCCGCGCUCCACUCAUCACUCAGCCUAGCAAGUUUGUUUUGACACCUCCCAGACCUGCGAUCACUCUGUCUCCUCCCUGGGGAGAGAAGUGGGGAAGGAAACAGAAAGCAACACGAAUCACCCCCUCCAGCCUGGCACCGUUAACAGAAGCUACUCGAAACUGCCUCUCUUCUGAAAUACCGUAGGGUCUAAAUCAUCCCACCUGAUCAUGAAUCUUUUUUUAAAGAAUUCAUAUUUCUGGUGAUUCUCAUUAGAUGUCAGAAAUCUGGCUUUCACUUGAAUAUGCUCAACUUACACAGCAUAUUUACUUUAGAGUCUCGUUGAAAUUUCAUGAAGCUUUUUAGUAAGAGGAUAUACUCCAAGGAGACUUUUUACUCUUUGCAGUAUAUUAUUCUCUUCUUAAGGAAUAAACUCUCCCCCUGCUUCCUUUUGUCACUGCCUAAGGGGAUUAGAUAAAAUGUUAUAUAUAUACAAUUAAAAAUAGUGAUCUAGCUAUGACGUAUCCUGAAAUUGGCUAUUCAUUUUACAUUUAUGUUAAUGACUCUUUUCCCCCACCUUUCAUUGGCAGUCGGCAUCUUGUGCAGACCUUCAGAUGAAAGCAAGCACCUGCUCCCUCAGUGAACUUACUAAGGGAUCGAAGAUGCUGGACAUUGGAUUCUAGCACUGGGUUUUUUGGUGAUAUAUUAUUUUCAUGAUCACCAGGAUAAUGAUAGUCUGCUGAGGACAAAAUGAAAACCUAUAAAUACUCUCUUGUGGGUUCUGAAUUGGUUAUUCCAAUAUUUGCGGUAUGAUUAAGCCAGAACAAAACAUCCCCCACCCCCAUCCCCUACUGCCAAAAAAAAGUAAACCCACGAUGAGGCAGCAAAUAAAAGUAUUCCACUGCUGAUUUUGGACAGUGAAAGUAGGAUUAGUCCCAAGUUUCUGGCAUGCACACUUAGUUGUUUUGCUUACAUGGUUGCUGUGAUCUGUUGGUGAACUGAAAUCUUCUGAAACUCUUCCCUUUUCAUCCCAGCCCUUGAAGCUGUUGUCCCUCUCAGUGAGGCAGCGUCCAUGCAGUUUUAGCCCUGCUCCUGCUUCGUCACUCGUGUUUCCAUUUAAAUAUUUCCCUACUAUGUGUGUUCCCUGCCCUGUCAUUUUUCUAGCAUGUCAGGUUUAAUUGUGGGUUCAAUCAUAGUGAGGGGAACUAGCUUCCCUCCAGCAACUAAUUACUUUAGGUCUUUUUUCUUUGGACUUUACCAAAUUAUUUUGCAUCAAAUGGGAACAUUUUUGCAUUGAAUCCAAAUAUAGUUGUAUUGGUUUGGAAAAAAAUUUAAAUAUGCUUAUUAAUAUGAACAUGUGUGAUUAAACAACCUAGUUUGCAUCUUUCUUUAGUUUCAGGGAAUGAGGGGGUAGGAUUAAAUGGCAUUAUUUGAAAUUCAGGGCUUUAUCUGGAGAGAAGUGUUUCAAGAAGCUUAGCACAUGUGCUAAGAGUAGGAAGUUGGUCUAAAAAGAUAAAUCACCAAAAAGAAUGAUACUGGCCUAUUUAUAUUAAAAGUAGUUAAGAAGCUUUAAAAAAAAAAAAAAAGUACAUUUAACAAGAACAUUAACCCAGAAGAUAUAAAGCAAAACUAACCUAUGAUUUUCUAAAGUCAGUACAAUUCUCUUUAUAAAAAGCUGGACAGUAAUGUACUUUGAUUGUUUCAGGAAUGAUUUGUGUGUUGCCAUUUUGAUUUAUUUAAAGCAUGUCUGCUGUGUUUGUCCUUAGAGAAAUCUUUCAACAAAACGUGCUCUCUGUUUACCACACAUUUACGCAGUAGUUAGCAGCUAUGAAAGUAGAAACUGGAAAUGUUUAUUGUGAGAAUUUCUGUUUUGUGAGAUAUUAUAUAGUUUCAUGUCAGCCUAAAAUUGUAAAUUCUAUGUAGAUCUUCACCCCCAUUCAAAGCAGGUGCCAUUAUUUUUUAAAUUAACCCUUAAUGUGAGCUUUGAUGUUAAAUAAAGAGCUAGAUUUCUUAAAUUUU